AUGAAGACUGGGAUGCCCCAAUUCAGUAGUCUCGCAGUCACGUACAUGGGUGGGGAUGCAAUGUACAGUGUCAACUAUGAGCCGGACCCUACCAAAAGGUGUAAAGGAGGGACUGGUGGUGCUUCAAUUAAUUGUGUGUACCAAUGGAACAACGGACUUUUUUCAAGCGGGGAAUCAAUCGGCAGAGGUGUUCCAUUUUACCGUGGCUCGUAUUAUAAUAUUCCCGGUUCAGGACCAAUGAAUGGGUACACACCGUUCUGGCCUACUAACUACCCUGCACAUGGUAUGCCCUAUCUGCUUUCUCGGUACUUCACGGCUGAAGGGUUACGAGCAACAUGGUAUGAUGGUCCAGAAGAUCCAACUGGGAAUUCCGAUGUAUCUCCUCNUGAAGGUGAAAGAACAACUCUAAUACCAGAAUUCGUUUCUUUUUUUAAGCAUGUGUAUAUCUAA